UCAGAAACUGAAGUGGUCUCUUUUUUCCAGAGCUGUAUUUUUAGGCUAAUUUAAGCUUCUGAAAGGCGGGUUUUAGAAUUACUUGGGGCUGGAUGUUUUUGUUGGACCUGGCAACCCUGCUGCAGACGGACCCUUCUGGGAGCUAGCAGUGCUGUUAGCCGGCUAAGCUAAAUCACUUCGCUCGGCUUGUUUGACAACACGGAAGUGUCAAAAUGGCUCCGAGUGGUCUGAAAGCGGUGGUGGGAGAGAAGAUCAUCAACGGAGUACUGAAGAGCAUCAAGAAAGAUGGCGAGUGGAAGGUGCUUAUUGUUGAUCACAUCAGCAUGCGGAUUCUUUCCUCAUGCUGUAAAAUGUCAGACAUCAUGGCUGAAGGUGUUACAAUUGUGGAGGACAUUAACAAGAGGAGGGAGCCAAUCUCUAGCCUGGAGGCCAUUUACUUCAUCUCCCCUGUUUCAAAGUCAGUCGAUGGUCUGAUCAGUGACUUCAAAGACUCAGCCUUUACAUACAAGGCUGCACACAUCUUCUUUACAGAGAAUUGUCCCGAUGGUCUUUUUGCUAAGAUUGGCAAGUCAAGAGUCGCAAGGGUUAUCAAGACACUAAAGGAAAUUAAUGUGGCUUUCUUACCAUACGAGUCUCAGGUGUAUUCUCUGGAUGACCCCAGUUUACUGCAUGUAGUCUACAGCCCCACUGGAUCUAAUGAGGAUGAGCGCACCAAGAAGAUGGAGGCAGUGGCAGAGCAGAUAGCAACACUGUGUGACACACUGAAGGAAUACCCUGCCAUCCGCUACCGCCAGGGUCCAAAGGAGAAUGUUGCACUGGCGGAGAUGGUGCUGGACCGCCUGAAUGCACAUAAAGCAGAUAACCCCAGUAUGGGAGAGGGGACAGACAAAGCUCGAUCCCAGCUGCUGAUUGUUGACCGAGGCUAUGACCCCAUCUCGCCCCUCCUGCAUGAGCUCACCUUUCAGGCCAUGGUUUACGACCUGCUGGAGAUAGACCAAGACAUCUACAGGUAUGAAACAACUGGUGUUGGAGAAAACAAGAUGAAGGAGGUUCUGCUGGAUGAGGAUGAUGACCUGUGGGUCCAGCUCAGGCACAUGCACAUAGCUGAUGUCACCAAGAAAGUGACUGAGAUGCUGCGCUCCUUUUGUGAGAGUAAAAGGAUGAGCACGGACAAGGCCAACAUCAAAGACCUCUCUCAGAUGCUGAAGAAGAUGCCACAGUAUCAGAAAGAACUGAGUCUGUACGGCACUCACCUGAAUCUGGCUGAUGCCUGCAUGAAGAAAUUCAAGACUUCUCUGGACAAGCUGUGUGAGGUGGAGCAGGAUCUCGCUAUGGGAUGUAAUGCAGAGGGAGAACCAAUCAAAGAUGCCAUGAAAAGCAUCGUUCCUGUCCUGCUAAAUGCAGAGAUUCAGCCAUACGACAAAAUCCGCAUCAUACUGCUCUUCAUCUUCCACAAGAAAAAGGGUAUUGCUGAAGAAAACCUCACGAAGCUCAUCCAGCAUGCCAACGUGCAGCAGGACAGCAAUAUUAUCACCAACAUGCAGCACUUGGGCUGCCCCAUCAUCACUGGGGGUGCAAACGCUGGCAAGAGUCUUCCAGACAGGAAGGAAAGAACUGAGAGCACGUACCAGCUGUCCCGCUGGACCCCCACCAUCAAAGACGUCAUGGAGAGCAUCAUUGAAGACAAGCUGGACAGGAAGCAGUGGCCUUUCCUCUCAGACCCCGCCCCCAUUUCAACCACCCAGACUGCUGUAAGCAGUGCACGAUUCGGACAGUGGCACAAAAACAAGACGGCGACGGAGUACCGCAGUGGCCCUCGACUCAUCAUCUUUGUGAUUGGUGGCGUAACACACUCUGAAAUGCGCUCUGCUUAUGAAGUCACCCGGGCCACUGAGGGAAAGUGGGAAGUCCUGAUUGGUUCAUCCCACAUUCUGACUCCAACCAGCUUCCUGAAUGAUCUGAAGAAGCUGGAGCCGCCAGCUCAAGCCUCCGCCUAGAAGUGAUGCCCUCCUGAUAUUUACAGUAACUAAUGUCUGUCUGAGAAAACCAUUCAACCUCCCACGGUUUUAUGACUGAUCAUAAACACGGAAUCGGAUAAUUCAGUGUCUUUUAAAGUUUUCUUGUUUUAAGUUCUGGAGAAACAUGGUGUGUAUAUAUAUAUUCCUGGUAUUUAAUUAAUUUAAAAUGGCCUUCACAUUCACAGAGAUGCUGUAACUGGAAAUUCCUUCUAGAGCUGCACAAUAUAGUGAUACACGAUAAAUCUUGCCAAUCUAUGGAGGAACUGCUGUGUGUAUAAAUACUGUACUGCCCCACGUGUCCCUAACUUUGGACAUGCACACUGGAUUCACAGAUAAUAUAUAAAUAUAUAUGUUGUAACUUUUAUUUUGUAGUUAUUUCUUCUUCUUCUAUAUUUUGUUCUGCUACAUAGAUAAAACAGACCUUGGUUGUGUCCCAAAUGCAUACUAUUUACUAAUGAUACCUAAUUUUUGUGUGUAAAAUAUGCAGCAUAGAGAAAAGUGUUAAAAGUUGAGUAUACUCAAAUAUCCACAGUACAUAAUAAGAACUGCUCAGAUUGUAAGUUAUGAUGGAUGAUGCUAUGAUGGAGCCUGGUAUCCCACAAUACAAUGCAACGCAGAAAGAGAAGAGCUUCUUAAAUGCUGGUGAGGAUGGCUCCAGGAAUAAUAUUGUCAUUUAAAGCAUAUAGAAAAUGGGAAAUGGCUGAAAUGACAAAAACGAUGCAGAGCUUUCAGACCUCAAAUAAUACAAAGAAAACAAGUUCAUAUUAUAAAGUUUUAAGAGUUUAGAAAUCAGUAUUUGGUGGAAUAACCCUGGUUUUUAAUCACAGUUUUUUUCCUGCAUUCAGGCAUGUUCUCCUCCACCAGUCUUACACACUGCUUUUUGAUGAAUUUAUGCCACUCCUGGUGCCACUCCAAAUUUCAAGCAGUUCAGUUUGGUUUGAUGGCUUGUGAUCAUCCAUCUUCCUCUUGAUUAUAUUCCAGAGGUAUUCAAUUUGGUAAAAUUAAAAAAUAAAAAACUCAUAAUUUUUAAGUGCUCUCUUAUUUUUUCCCCAGAGCUGAAUGUUAGCAUAUCAACAUCCUUUCCUGUUAGUAAAAAACGGAUUCAUAUAUGAAUCUGCACAAACCUGCACUGUUAAGAUUAAUAUAUAAAAUACACCUUACAAUAGUAGUGUGUAGUAUGCAAUUGGGACACAGCCCUUAUCUAUGUACCUUAUCCUCUUUAGAAUAAAGGCUGGUGAGAGUCAGUGAGGACAGGCCAGUUAUCCAGGCUGUGGUGAUGGUAUGAAGUGUUCCCUCUAAGACCUUUCAGCUCUCUUCUUCUACACUGUUGCACUUUUCUUUAUACGUUCUCACUUAUAGCUGUUAUUUUCUUGGGAAAUGUUUGUUUGUCUGUUUGACUGAUGAAGCUAAAAAUAAAGGUUGUGCAUAUGCUUCA